AUUGGUCAGUCGCCAUCAGCAGUUUGCCGUGCUCUAGCGUAGUACCGUGUAAUUUUCGUUAGAACUUUGAUAGUAACGUCAAAGUAUUGUUUUUCGGUUUUAGAAAAAGCUAUUUUAUAAAUUGAUCAGCAAUGCAGUCCACACUACGCAGAACUGUGACUGCUUUGGCCAAGACACCACUGCGGACCAAUGCCGCUAUUUUGGGUGCAUUAAAUUCGCGUUGUUACUCAGCCACACAUGAGGCGGACAUUGUGGUAAUCGGCUCUGGACCUGGUGGAUAUGUUGCUGCCAUCAAAGCAGCGCAGAUGGGCAUGAAGACUGUCAGCGUGGAGAAGGAAGCUACUCUAGGUGGCACCUGUCUAAAUGUUGGCUGCAUUCCGUCGAAAGCUUUGUUGAACAAUUCACACUAUUAUCAUAUGGCCCACUCCGGAGACUUGGCCAGUCGAGGUAUAAACUGUGGCAGCGUCUCUCUUGAUCUUGAGAAACUGAUGGGCCAAAAGACGAAUGCUGUUAAAGCUUUAACAGGAGGUAUUGCAAUGCUUUUCAAGAAGAACAAAGUUACACAACUCACGGGCUUUGGCAGCAUCGUCGGCCCGAAUGAAGUAAAGGUGACCAAGAGUGACGGCACCACGGAAACCGUUAAGACAAAGAAUAUAUUGAUCGCUACCGGCUCGGAGGUAACCCCCUUUCCAGGCAUAACUAUCGAUGAGGAGGUUAUUGUGAGCAGCACGGGCGCUUUGAAGCUAGCCCAGGUUCCCAAGCAUAUGGUUGUCAUUGGUGCGGGUGUUAUAGGCUUGGAGCUGGGCUCCGUUUGGUCACGUCUGGGUGCUGAGGUUACUGCUGUUGAAUUCAUGGACACUAUCGGUGGCGUUGGCAUUGACAACGAGGUAUCCAAAACCUUCCAGAAGGUGCUCACCAAGCAGGGACUCAAGUUUAAGCUGGGCACCAAGGUCAUGAGUGCCACACGCAAUGGGAACUCAGUCAGUGUCUCCGUGGAAAAUGCAAAAUCGGGUGAAAAGGAGCAAAUCGAGUGUGAUACGCUAUUGGUGAGCGUGGGGCGCCGGCCAUACACUGAGGGUCUGGGUCUGGAGGCUGUAGGCAUUGUGAAGGACGAUCGUGGUCGAAUUCCUGUCAAUGCAACUUUUCAAACGGUGGUGCCAAGCAUUUAUGCUAUUGGUGAUUGUAUUCACGGACCAAUGUUGGCACACAAGGCUGAAGAUGAGGGCUUAAUCACCAUCGAGGGUAUUCAGGGUGGGCCAGUUCACAUUGAUUACAAUUGCGUACCCAGCGUGGUGUAUACACAUCCUGAGGUUGCGUGGGUGGGCAAAUCUGAGGAAGCACUCAAGCAGGAGGGCGUUGCCUAUAAAAUUGGCAAGUUCCCCUUCCUGGCGAAUUCGCGUGCGAAGACAAACAACGAAACCGAUGGCUUCGUUAAGGUUCUAGCUGAUAAGGCAACGGACCGUGUUCUGGGCACGCACAUCAUUGGUCCAGCCGCUGGAGAACUAAUUAAUGAGGCCGUGCUCGCCAUGGAGUAUGGCGCUUCUGCCGAAGAUAUCGCCCGCGUCUGUCACGCACAUCCGACUUGCGCUGAAGCCUUACGCGAGGCUAAUGUUGCGGCCGCUUUUGGAAAGCCUAUCAACUUUUAAAGAGAAUCCCAUUGUAGUGUUUAUACUAAUUUGAAAUUGGAAAUAUCGCCGCUUGUUUGAAAUUCUCAAUGUGCAACUGUAACGAUUAAUAUGUAACGUGUCCGAUUAAUAUAUUAAUUGCUAGUUGCAAUACGAAGUAGUCACAAAAGGUUUACAAUAUAUAUUUUUAAA